AUGGACUUCAUGUUGACAGAUACCGAGCGGCAACUAGCCACAGAACGGCAGCUAAAAUACCAAGGUACAGCCAAAAUCAAUCUCACCGAAAUCUCUCUCCACCCAUCGGUUGAUCGGACGAUCGAUCAAAAGAACGUGGAGCGACUGUGUCAUAUAUUUCUUAAGGAUGGAUAUAUUAGCCAGGACCUACAGCAUGCUCUCGUGGACGAAUACGCGAAUGAAAGACACCCGACCGACGGAGAAGUGUACCGAAAAAUCCGACAGUAUCAGCAUGAGAGCAAUGCCCUCUUUCAAAACCGCUGGUGGUCGCGGCUAUCACCGAACAAAGCCAAGCGGCUACGACAGCUCUUUUCCCAAGAAAAUACCUUCAUUUGUGCAGGCUUCGACGCAUUACUGCCCAUCCCCGGGCUCUGGAAGGGAAUGAGCUUGGGCUCCUUGAAUAGCGUAUUCGCGCUGAAGUGCGAUGAAGAGAUCGUUCACUAUCUGCGAGUUAUUUGGACAUUCUGGGCGGCCCUUGCCAAUCAUGACCGCACCUGGAUGGCCCGUAUUGACACCCAUACGGUGGACGAGCUGCAGCUAUACGCCCCUCGAGCGUCCAAAGUUGAUUGGACGACCGUGAAGGGUAAAAUCCUCAGCGGAGAGGUCUUUUCGAACUUUAGUCGAUCCGAACGCGCCUCAAUAUGGGAGAAUCUACGGUCAAAAGAAGCUUGCGAUGGCAUCAUCCCCUCCCUUCAUACCUUUUUCCGCGACAUCUCAUACCUUGAACUCUGCGCCAAUGCCGUGAAGCGCUUGGUCGUUCUGAACAAGCAGCGUCCAACAGUCCGGAGUGCACUAGUCCACAGCUUUCGGCCCCGUCACGGUGACGGUGACUAUCUGGUCCAGACGUCGGAAACUACUUUUCGCCGACAACGGGGAUCUACUACUGAAUGUAUAACGUCCGGAUACCGUCAAAUCUGGAUGUAUGCAAUGCGACACUACCCGGACAUGGCCAAAGACGUCCAGUGCGGCCAUCCGAAGGCUAACCCUGCCAGAGCGAAGGCACGAGCAAAAGCAGACGAGAGCGUUAUUCAUGACAUGGCCGCCCUUGCACAGAAGCUGGGAUUUCGGACUCCGCAAAUCAAGGAAAUUUUGAAACAAUCACCCGACCGGCAGAUCGCGCGGGCCACCCUGCUCAAAGCUCGAAAGCCGGAUCGCUAUCAUUACGAUAGUGAAACGUUUGAAUCCCUUGUUGACCGUAUAGUCGGAUGUUUUGUACUCGCGAUCCCGAAUGAGAGCCAACCAACCAUGGCGCUCGUGACUGGCCAGGCGCCAAAGUUACACGACCGCUGUGGGACUCCGCAGGAACAAGCCCAGAAGCUGGACCGUCCACACCUCUUCAUGGACCGGUUACACGCCGAAACAGUACGCCAAAAGAACCUGUCAUCACUUGAGGUGAGACGGUGCGUUUACUAUGCCUUCUUCGGCAAACCAACUUCAGCAACAAGCACACAAAGCACCACGUUAGGGCAUUCAACCGGAAGCGAGCCUCUCUCACCUUUGUUCCUGCCAAAUGAUGACUCAGCUAUCGAAUCUGCGUCUGGCGAAGAAAUUACAUCACGGCGCAGCUUGGACAGGGGCUCAGUUUACGGCCGUCGUGACCGACCGGAGCGCCACAGAGAGCGACUACGCAACCGAGAAGAGAGACGACACCGACAGCAUGGAUGUGAACAACGUAGUCAACAAUCGGUAGUGCACACGCCAUCUCCACCCGGGGAUCCUUUGCCCCGAACCUCCACCGGCGAAGGAUCUGAUGUGAGCGAGCCUAUACGUAUGGACAUUUCUGAGAGCUCUGAUUCGGAAGACCUCGAGCCACAGCCAGGAAUACACACGUCAUCUGCACCCAGGGAGCCUUCGCCCCGAACAUCCAUCGGCGAAGGGUGUGAUGUGAGUGAGCGUGCAACUAUAGACAUUUCAGAGAGCUCUGACUCGGGAGAUCCUGAACCACAGCCAGGGGCACACACGUCAUCUCCAACCAGGGAGCCUUCGUCCCCAGCCUCCACCGGCGAAAGAUCUGACGUGAACGAGCCUAUACGUAUGGACAUUUUUGAGAGCUCUGACUCGGAAGAUCUUGGACCACAACCAGGGGUGCAGUCUGAUGUUGGAAUGAAAGAACGGGAGCGUACAGAGUCAGAUGAAGACGAGCUGGGUCGCGAAGAGCAGAAGAGAAGAGAACGAAAACCCCUUCUGAGAGGGGCGGAGGAGCAAGUUGAAAAUGAGCGGUUUGAGUGCAAAGUUGUGGAAACUGAGCAGGGGCUUUUGGUUCGCGAAGAGCUAUCAGAUGGAGAACGUCAAAGGGACGAUGCCAAAGAUGACGCUCAUGUAACGCAGCAAGAAGGGAACGAAAGAGCUACUGUCGCAAAGGCAUUAUUGGCCGAUCAUCAAGGACUUAGGACAGAAGAGGACCUAAUGGUGCCUGCAGCUACUGCAAAAGAGGUUGAGGAACUUCUUAAUGAGAUGCUCCAAGGAAAGUCAGGGUUGCGUGCUGCCAACGAAGACGCAAGUGUCCCAGAAGAACAAGUAAGUCUGGAAAGAGCCGACGCUCUCGCUCGGCUAGAAAGCAAGGCCGAAUCUAUCCCCUCUUCAGCUGGGUCCGGGGCAGAUCAUACGGCCUCUCGGCAUAUAACUGAACUCCCAGUCAACUUACUGAGCAUGGUUGCACAAUUGCGUGAGCGGAGUAGCCAGCAUGAUGAUGAGAGUGCACCACUGUCCCGCUCUGGCGAUCUGAAAACCAGUCAGCGACUGUCUAAACCAGCAGGAGUCCGAAAAUCUCGGAUAAAGGACAAGCCAACUCACCAAGACAUCCAUCGGCUUGGGGCUCGUGAUGGGGCUCUUACUGUCGAAUUAGAAGAUAUGGUUGAAGGCAGCAAUGAGAUCGUCUCUUCGGUCGGAGGACGUCUUAGCCCAGUACAUAGUGAAGGCACGACUGAGACAGCAGGCGCUGCUGAGCUAGGACCUUCUCGACAAGUCCAAGAAAGACACGUGGCAUCCCUACCGGGUCCAGAACAGGCCCACAAGGAGGCAGUUGAAAGGCGGGCAGCCGAAGAGUCACUGUUUGACGGCCCACUAACAGAAGAUCAGACGAUGGAAGAAGCUCAGGAGAACGAGCCUAUCGGAACGGCCGCUGUCCCAUCAAAACGUAAAAGGUCUUCGUCAUUAAGGCAUGAGCAAGACGCACAGAUCCGAGUACGGGAGAUCAAAGCAGUCAGAGAAUCGAAGAGAGUGAAACAAAGUCAGGUCGGAGAAAGCGGUACGCCCGGCGCAUCACAAGUCGAGUUAGCUUCCCCACUCAGAGCAGUCAAUCUGGAGGAACGGGUGUCGGAGGGACUAGAGUCGACCGCUUCGGGCCCUGGGAGCCACGAGCAGCCAGACAACAGGCCUGAGGUUCCCGCUCCCCUGGCCCCGGAAAGCAGGGAUGGAGAACUUCCUCACGAUGUGCCCCCUGGCCAGAGAGUUAGGUUAACCUUCCAUGCUUACGACUCAGGGAGGUGGACGACGACAGACACCGUAUCCGUGAGCCUCGAUAAUCCGACUGAAGCACAGAUCAUCGCGGACCGCUAUGCGCGAGAUCGGAGCAAGAACGCGCGCUUCUAUGAUGAGGGGUUGCGGAAGGUUGCCGCCGAUGAGUGCGUCCGCGCCGCAAUCGUUGAUGGUAGCUUCAAAAUUCUCAUGAGUUUUGGCAAAGACUUAGUGGUGACCCGCUUCCUUGUUGCAUCAGUGAAGCAACUGCUCCAGAAAUGA